AUGUUCACCCACGCUGUUUCCAAUAUUCCAUCCACAUGCUCUGGCAUCCCACACCCUUACUCCUGUCCCUCCAGUUGCUCUAGCCAAUGUUCCUUGGCAGCCUGCUCCCAACCACCCUCUCACACACCAUCUCCCCCUCCAACAGAUCUGCCCCAAAUGGAACCAGAGCCAACCAUUACCACUCUCCUUAAGGCUAUCCAAGUCCUCACCACCCAAGUUGGGUCCUUGCAGGACCAAGUCAGAUCUCAGGGCAAGCAACUCACCCAGCUCACCACCCUAUGCAAGGAGACCAACAACCUCAUUGGUGACAAGGACCAAGGUCAAGGAAAGCCUAUCACAAUGGCUGGGCCUGUCACCCCCCCAGAUCAACAGGGGGGCCAAACUAACUGUCCAAAAAUGGUUAGGCCUGGAAGACUUUCCCUUGCCAACCCUUUCUGGCCCAUUAGAAACACAGUGGGGUACAAAUCAGAAGAGGAAGAGCCAAGGGGAGCAGCACCAAAUGCCCCAAGAUGGAGCUGCUGGACCCCUUUAAGGGAGAUACUAGGGGUUGCCAAGCAACACAAUGGCUUGAUAGGAUGCUCCUCUGGGUGGCACUACACUGCCACCAAUUUGACAAAGAAGAGCAAAUGGUAG